CGGGCCGGGCGGAACAGUGGCGGCGGCGGCCGCAGGAGCCGAGCCUGCAGCGAGGGACCGGCUGAGGCGUGCGGGAGGGAAGGAGGCGAGGGCUCCGCGACGCUGCCGCUGCCGCCGCCGCCGCCGCUGCCGCCGCUCGCGGGGCAGAGAUGGCGGCGGAGCGGGGAGCCCGGCGACUCCUCAGCACCUCCUCCUUCUGGCUCUGCUGCCUGCUGCUGCUCGGGCGCCCGGCGCCCGCCGCGGCAGCCAGGAGCGGCUCCCCGCCGCAGUCCCCAGGAUCCAGCGUUCGAACAUUCACUCCAUUUUAUUUUCUGGUGGAGCCAAUGGAUACGCUCUCAGUUAGAGGCUCUUCUGUUAUAUUGAACUGUUCAGCAUAUUCUGAACCUUCUCCAAAAAUUGAAUGGAAAAAAGAUGGAACUUUUUUAAACUUAGUAUCAGAUGACCGACGCCAGCUUCUCUCAGAUGGGUCUUUAUUUAUCAGCAGUGUGGUGCAUUCCAAACACAAUAAACCUGAUGAAGGUUAUUAUCAGUGUGUGGCCACUGUUGAGAGUCUUGGAACUAUUGUCAGCAGAACAGCCAAGCUCACAGUAGCAGGUCUUCCAAGAUUUGCCAGCCAACCAGAACCUUCUUCAGUUUAUGCUGGGAACAGUGCAAUUCUGAAUUGUGAAGUUAAUGUAGAUUUGGUCCCGUUUGUGAGGUGGGAACAGAACAGACAGCCUCUUCUUCUGGAUGAUAGAGUUAUCAAACUUCCAAGUGGAACACUGGUUAUCAGCAACGCUACUGAAGGAGAUGGGGGACUUUAUCGCUGCAUAGUUGAAAGUGGUGGGCCACCAAAGUAUAGCGAUGAAGCUGAAUUGAAAGUUCUUCCAGAUCCUGAAUUCACUUCAAACUUGGUAUUUUUGAAACAGCCUUCUUCCUUAGUCAGGGUCAUUGGUCAGAGUGCAGUGUUGCCGUGUGUUGCUUCAGGACUUCCUACUCCAACCAUUAGAUGGAUGAAAAAUGAGGAGGCGCUUGACACAGAAAGCUCUGAAAAAUUGGUGUUGCUGGCAGGUGGUAGUCUGGAGAUCAGUGAUGUUACUGAGGAUGAUGCGGGGACUUAUUUUUGUAUUGCUGAUAAUGGAAAUGAGACAAUUGAAGCUCAAGCAGAGUUUACAGUACAAGCCCAACCUGAAUUCCUGAAACAGCCUACUAAUAUAUAUGCUCACGAAUCAAUGGAUAUUGUAUUUGAAUGUGAAGUGACUGGGAAACCAACUCCAGCUGUGAAGUGGGUCAAGAAUGGGGAUAUGGUUAUUCCAAGUGAUUACUUUAAGAUUGUAAAGGAACAUAAUCUUCAAGUUUUGGGUCUGGUGAAAUCAGAUGAAGGGUUCUAUCAAUGCAUUGCUGAGAAUGAUGUUGGAAAUGCACAAGCUGGAGCCCAACUGAUAAUCCUUGAACAUGCACCAGCCACAGCGGGACCACUGCCUUCAGCUCCUCGGGAUGUCGUGGCCUCCCUGGUCUCUACCCGCUUCAUCAAACUGACGUGGCGCACACCUGCAUCAGAUCCUCAUGGAGACAACCUUACCUACUCUGUCUUCUACACCAAAGAGGGGAUUGCUAGGGAACGUGUUGAGAAUACCAGUCGCCCAGGAGAAAUGCAGGUAACCAUUCAAAACCUAAUGCCAGCGACUGUGUACAUCUUUAGAGUUCUGGCUCAAAAUAAACAUGGCUCCGGAGAGAGUUCAGCUCCACUCCGAGUAGAAACACAGCCUGAGGUUCAGCUCCCUGGCCCAGCACCUAACAUCCGAGCAUAUGCAGCUUCACCUACUUCCAUCACUGUCACCUGGGAAACACCGUUGUCUGGCAAUGGGGAAAUUCAGAAUUACAAAUUGUACUACAUGGAAAAAGGGACUGAUAAAGAACAGGAUGUUGAUGUUUCAAGUCACUCCCAUACCAUUAAUGGGCUGAAAAAAUACACAGAGUAUAGUUUCCGAGUGGUGGCUUACAACAAACAUGGUCCUGGAGUCUCCACACAAGAUGUUGCUGUUCGAACGUUGUCAGAUGUUCCCAGUGCUGCUCCUCAGAAUCUGUCCUUAGAAGUAAGAAAUUCAAAGAGUAUUGUGAUUCACUGGCAGCCACCUCCUCCAGCCACACAAAAUGGUCAGAUUACUGGCUACAAGAUUCGCUACCGAAAGGCCUCCCGAAAGAGUGAUGUCACUGAGACCUUGGUAACUGGGACACAGUUGUCUCAUCUGAUUGAAGGUCUUGAUCGGGGGACUGAGUAUAAUUUCCGAGUGGCUGCUCUAACAGUCAACGGCACAGGCCCGGCUACUGACUGGCUGUCUGCUGAAACUUUUGAAAGUGACUUAGAUGAAACUCGUGUUCCUGAAGUGCCUAGUUCUCUUCAUGUCCGGCCACUGGUUACUAGUAUUGUAGUAAGCUGGACUCCUCCAGAGAAUCAGAACAUUGUGGUCAGAGGUUAUGCCAUUGGUUAUGGCAUUGGCAGCCCUCAUGCCCAGACCAUCAAAGUGGACUAUAAACAGCGCUAUUACACCAUAGAAAAUCUGGAUCCCAGCUCUCACUAUGUGAUAACCCUGAAAGCCUUUAACAACGUGGGUGAGGGCAUCCCCUUGUAUGAGAGCGCUGUGACCAGACCUCACACAGACACUUCUGAAGUUGAUUUAUUUGUUAUUAAUGCUCCAUACACUCCAGUGCCAGAUCCCACUCCCAUGAUGCCACCUGUGGGAGUUCAGGCUUCCAUUCUGAGUCAUGACACCAUAAGGAUCACAUGGGCGGACAACUCACUGCCCAAACACCAGAAGAUUACAGAUUCCCGGUACUACACAGUCCGAUGGAAAACCAACAUCCCAGCAAACACCAAGUACAAGAAUGCAAAUGCAACAACUUUAAGUUACUUGGUGACUGGUUUAAAAGCAAAUACACUGUAUGAAUUCUCUGUGAUGGUGACCAAAGGUCGAAGAUCAAGCACGUGGAGUAUGACAGCCCAUGGGACCACCUUUGAAUUUGUUCCUACUUCUCCACCCAAGGAUGUGACAGUUGUGAGUAAAGAGGGAAAACCUAGGACGAUAAUUGUAAAUUGGCAACCUCCCUCAGAAGCCAAUGGCAAAAUUACGGGUUACAUCAUAUAUUAUAGUACGGAUGUGAAUGCGGAGAUACACGACUGGGUUAUUGAGCCUGUUGUGGGAAACAGGUUGACUCACCAGAUACAAGAGUUAACACUUGACACACCGUACUACUUCAAAAUCCAAGCCCGAAACUCAAAGGGCAUGGGGCCCAUGUCUGAAGCUGUCCAAUUCAGAACACCUAAAGCGGACUCCUCUGAUAAAAUGCCUAAUGAUCAAGCCUCAGGUUCUGCAGGAAAAGGAAGCCGGCUGCCAGACCUAGGAUCUGACUACAAACCUCCGAUGAGUGGUAGUAACAGCCCGCAUGGAAGCCCCACCUCUCCCCUGGACAGUAGCAUGCUGCUGGUCAUCAUUGUUUCGGUUGGCGUCGUCACCAUUGUGGUGGUUGUGGUCAUCGCUGUCUUUUGCACCAGGCGCACCACCUCUCACCAGAAAAAGAAACGAGCUGCUUGCAAAUCAGUGAAUGGCUCCCACAAGUACAAAGGGAACUCCAAAGAUGUCAAACCCCCGGACCUCUGGAUCCAUCAUGAGAGACUGGAGCUGAAACCCAUCGAUAAAUCUCCAGACCCAAACCCCAUCAUGACUGAUACUCCAAUUCCUCGUAACUCUCAAGAUAUCACACCAGUUGACAAUUCCAUGGACAGCAACAUCCAUCAAAGGCGGAAUUCAUAUAGAGGGCAUGAAUCAGAGGACAGCAUGUCUACACUGGCUGGAAGGCGGGGAAUGAGACCAAAAAUGAUGAUGCCCUUUGACUCCCAGCCACCCCAGCCUGUGAUUAGUGCCCAUCCCAUCCAUCCCCUCGAUAACCCUCACCAUCAUUUCCACUCCAGCAGCCUCGCUUCUCCAGCUCGCAGUCAUCUCUACCACCCGGGCAGCCCGUGGCCCGUUGGCACAUCCCUGUCCCUUUCAGACAGGGCCAAUUCCACAGAAUCCGUUCGAAAUACCCCCAGCACUGACACCAUGCCAGCCUCCUCGUCUCAAACAUGCUGUACUGAUCACCAGGAUCCUGAAGGUGCUACCAGUUCCUCUUACUUGGCCAGCUCCCAAGAGGAAGAUUCAGGCCAGAGUCUUCCUACAGCCCACGUGCGCCCUUCCCACCCAUUGAAGAGCUUUGCUGUGCCGGCAGUCCCGCCCCCAGGCCCUCCCACCUAUGACCCCGCGCUGCCAAGCACACCAUUACUCUCCCAGCAAGCUCUGAACCAUCACAUUCACUCGGUGAAGACGGCCUCCAUUGGGACUUUAGGAAGGAGCCGGCCUCCUAUGCCAGUGGUGGUGCCCAGUGCCCCUGAUGUGCAGGAGACCACAAGGAUGCUGGAAGACUCUGAGAGUAGCUACGAACCAGAUGAGCUGACCAAAGAGAUGGCCCACCUGGAAGGACUAAUGAAGGACCUAAAUGCCAUCACGACAGCAUGAGACCUUCCCCAGGACCUGACUGCAGACCUGGGUCUAGAAGUCUUGGGACAGAGCCUGGAAAGCAAGGAUUGUACAGAGCACGCGAGGACAGCACUUGAGAACACAGAGCGAGCGAGCCGACUAGCCGGCGCCCCUGCGUGGGGCCGGCUCCAGGCACGGCCACCUGCCUUCUCCUGGUCGGCCUGGAAGAAGCCCAUGUCAAGGCGGCUUCCCUUUGCCUGCUGAUACCCUGCAGGACUGGGCACCAUGGGCCAAGAUUUUGUGUCCGGGGAAGAGGCAAGAAGUGCACGCUACAUUUCACUUUGUGGCCAGGCUGUGUCUUCGUGCUGCGACUGCAUCGCCUUUAUGGAGUGUAGACAUUGGCAUUUACGUACAAUUUUGUGUCCUAUUUUAUUUUACCUUCGAAAGGAAAACACUAUCAAAAACCAAGGGAGUCCAUGGUGUUCUCCACAAGUGGUUGACAUUUGACUACUUGUUUGAAUUCUGUAUGGAAAGUCAUUGACAGUGUGGGUUGUCCCAGGGGUUGGCUUGUUUUUUUGUUUUUAUUUUUGAAUUCUGAGUCAUUGCAUCCUCUACCAGCUGUUAAUCCACCACUUUGAGGGGGGAGGAAAUGUUGCAUUGCUGUUUGUAAGCUUUUUUAUUAUUUUUUUAUUAUAAUUAUUAAAGGCCUGACUUUCUCCUCUCAUCACUGUGAGAUCACAGAUCUAUUUGAAUGAAAUGUAACAUUGAAAAGACUUGUUUGUUGCU